ACAUUGCAGCCUUGGUUUCAUCCCACCAACACCCAAUUCUAACUUUUCAUCUCUAGCCACCCUUGAUCUUUCUUUUAACAGCUUUGAAAACGCUUUGAUUCCAGCAUGGGUCUUUGGUUAUCAAAAUUUGGUUGCUCUUAAUCUAUCUGCCAAUCGUUUUCAAGGUCCAAUCCCUAUUGGUUUGCAAAACAUGACUUCUCUUAAGCACCUUGAUCUAUCUACCAACAAUUUCAACUCUUCAAUUCCCAAUUGGUUGUAUAGUUUAAGUCAUCUUGAGUUCCUCAACCUCCGCAAGAAUCUUUUGCAAGGUAUAAUCUCUACUUCCAUUAGAAACCUAACAUCUGCCAUUGGCAUAGACUUGACAAGCAAUCAACUUGAUGGAAAGGUACCAAGAUCUUUGGGCAAUGUUUGCAAUUUAAGGGAACUAAGAUUGUCAGACAACAAAUUGAGUCAAGAGGUAUCGGAAAUCUUAGAAAGUUUAUUAAGAUGUGUUUCGUAUGGACUAGAGGUCUUAGAAAUGUAUGAUGCUCAACUAUCUAGUCAUUUGACUGAGGAACUUGGGCAAUUUCAAAAUCUUACAAUACUUUCUUUGGAGGGUAAUUCAAUUUGGGGUCCAAUUCCAAUUUCAAUAGGAAAACUUUCAUCUUUGAGAUUCUUAGACCUUUCAAGUAAUCAAUUUAACGGAACUCUUCCUCAAAGUUUUGGAGGACUCUCCAAAUUAGAGUAUGUCUUUAUUGGUGGGAAUAUGUUGGAGGGAGUAGUAUCUGAAACUCAUUUUGCCAAUUUAAGAAGAUUAAAGGAACUUAGCACAACUCCAACCCAUUUGACUUUAAAAGUAAGUCCCAAUUGGAUUCCUCCUUUUCAAGUUGUCAUUUUAGAAUUGGGAUCGUGGAUUUUAGGGCCAAAUUUUCCCUUAUGGAUUUGUUCACAAAAGCAAGUUUGGUCUUUGGAUAUAUCCAACACAAAUGUUAUAGGUGCAAUUCCUCCUUUGUUUUGGAAUAUGUCCUCUCAGUUCAAUUAUCUGAACUUGUCUCACAAUCAUAUCUAUGGAGAGAUUCCAAAUAUCCCUGUGACUUUGUAUCCUUCUUCCAUGAUUGAUAUGAGUUCUAAUUCAUUCAAUGGUUCAUUACCUCUUAUAUCCUCUAACGUGAGCUUUCUAGAUCUAUCUAACAAUUUAUUGUCUGGGUCUAUUUCUCACCUUUUGUGUUAUAAGAAGAAUGAGCCCAAACAAAUGAAACUUCUCAAUCUUGGAAAAAAUAUUUUAUCAGGAAAUAUAAGUUAUUGUUGGGAGAAUUGGCAAAAAUUGUUGGUUUUAAAUCUUGGAAACAAUAAUUUCACUGGUAGCAUUCCAACAUCCAUUGAACAUUUGAGUCUUCUUAAGUCUUUGCACCUAAGCAACAACAAAAUCUCUGGGAAACUACUACAUUUUUUGAAAAAUUGCACUGAUUUGGAGAUUAUUGACAUCAGUGAGAAUAAGUUUUUUGGAAUCAUACCUUCAUGGAUAGGACAAAGACAUUCAAGCUUGAUCAUUCUCAUCCUUCGCUCAAACAAUUUCCAUGGCGCCAUACCGAAACAACUUUGUGCUCUAACUUCACUCCAAAUCUUGGACCUUUCACAUAACAAGCUAUUUGGAAGCAUACCUGGGUGUGUUAACAAUUUGAAUGCCAUGGCUUCAACUUCUCACAAUAUUUUACAGGACUUGUUUGUGGUUGUUGGUGUUUCCAUGCAUUUUGAAACGGCAAAUCCUGAAAGGGCAAAUCUUGUGAUAAAAGGGCAAGUUCGUGAGUAUACCACCAAUCUUGGACUACUAAGAACUAUAGACCUUGCGAAGAAUAAUUUAUCAGGAGAGAUCCCUAAAGAAGUGACUAGUCUUCAAGGAUUACAAUCAUUGAAUUUGUCAUUUAAUAAUUUGACUGGAAGGAUUCUUGAGAAUAUAGGUGCUAUGGGAUCCUUGGAAUCUCUUGAUUUCUCUGAAAACCAACUUUCAGGUGAAAUUCCCCCAAGCAUGUCAAAUUUAACAUUUUUGAGUCAGUUGAACUUGGCAAACAACAAUUUAAUUGGGGAAAUCCCUUUAAGCACUCAAUUGCAAAGCCUCAAUGCUUCUGGUUUUAUUGGAAAUAAACUUUGCGGGCCUCCACUUACUGAUAAUUGCACUAUAAAUAAUGUAAAACCUAACACUAAAAACGAGGGAAGCACAGAUACUGGUGGACGUGAAGUGGACUGGUUCUAUGUGAGCAUGGCACUUGGAUAUGUGGUUGGGUUUUGGGUUGUAUGGUAUCCUUUAUUGCUGAACAAGCAGUGGAGAAUUAUGUAUUUUCAAUUCUUAGAUCGCGUGGAGUGCAAAUUUAGGGGUGAUGUGGCACCAAUUUGGUAGCUAUACAAGUAAACGUUGUAAGGCUCUUAUCUUAUUAUUAAUUGAUGUUACUUUUGGUGUGUUGAUAUGUUAUAUUUCAUUUGAAAUAAUUUGUAUCAAGUUUUCUUCAUGCCCCUUGUUUUGUAUUUAUUUGACGGAUAAUAUACAGAAAAUUAAUUCCAGUUGUAUUAUAUUUCAUUAUAAAGAGAUAAAAAUUAGGAAAUGUAAAUGGUUACGGAUAAUCUAUAAUCUGUAAUAUAUCUACAAUAUAUUAGAUAAAAGCCCUUCUCUUUUAUACAAUUUCUCCCCAAAGCCCUUCUCUUUUGGCUUCAAGCAGCAGAGCCUGGGUUUGGUUCCAUUGGCAAUUGUGAAAGCGAAUUCUUCAAUCCUCAGUGAAAAGAAGCUUUCAAAAGCCUUUGUACCGAAGGGGACCCAACCAGGUCCUUGGACCAAGACGACGAUGAAGAAGCCAGGUUUCUCUAGUGCUAAAGCCGAGAUGUUUAAGCUGGGGUCAUUGACAACAGUGCUGUCAGUAAAGGAAGUUCAAAGCUUGGCAUCGCUGGCGUUGAAGGCAAGAGUAGCAGUGGUGGCUGGGCUGUUGAUUUUUUCUAAUUUGUAUCUGCACAAAUUUAGCACAUUGAAGAUGCUACUCUUUACUUUGAUGCCGGAUGUACAGUUUCCAAUUCAGACUGGGUUGCAACAUAAUCCGUGGCUUUGUUCACUCUGAGUGAGUAAGUCAACCAUGGCUGCAUCUACAGAAUGUUUCCAAUUUAUUGGGGCAAAAAAAAAAAAAAAAAAAAAAAAAAAAAGAGAGAGAGAGAGAGAGAGAGAGAGAGAGAGAUCGAAAUAAACACACAAAAGGAAUUUCAUCAACCCAGGUUCUCACCUUCUAGGUCUUUGUUUCUCUAUUACUUUAUCCAGGGCUUGAUUUUUAUUUUUUUAUUUUAAUCUAAAGUUUGGUUGGGUGGGAUUUUGGAAUUUGAGUUGGUACGCAUCAAAAUCCACUGUGUGUCAACAAUGGCUUUGCAUGUUGUUUAUUAUUUAACAUACACACCACCUGCAUGUGAAAUAACAAGUAAAAACUUAUACAUAUUCAAAAAAUUGUCAUUCUAUUGCCAGACCUCCAUGUCUCUCACAAAUUGUGCUGCUUCACUCAGCUGAAAAAGAAAAUAGAAUCAGAGGCCUUCUCUUAGUUGUUUUAAUGCUACGGCUGGAGCAUCAUCCUGCUUCUUUUUGUCUAAGUUAAUUGGCAGGUCUUUGGUUGGUUGUGGCAUUAAAAGUUGAGAUUCUUCCAAGCAGAGGUAUAUCUUUGCCUUGUCUUUUUCUUUGUAUCGUAAAAUUAAUCUAUUUUGGCGUGCUAUUCAAUUAAGCUGAAAUUUGUUGAAAUCAGAUAGCUAAAGGUAGAGAUAAGCUGCUAAAUUACAUGCUCUUUAUGACGAUAACUCCAUUAUUGCCCAACCUUUUCAUUAAUCUUUGAUUGGUCUAAUUCCAGCAUCCUAUGUCCUGUUCAGAGUAAGUCCCUCUCUCCCACCCUUUAAUUUCACAAUUAUUAUGUUCUUCUUCUUCUUCUUCUUCUUCUUCUUCUUCUUCUUCUUGUUUUCUUAAUCACAGUUAUUAUCUAAGUUGCCUCAUGUUAUACUUUCUUUUCAUUAUUCAAUUUAUGAGACCUUUUUAAUGUUGUGGUUGUUGUCACUUUAGAAAAAAGGUUGUCGUAUUGCUUCCUUUUCGUACUUUUUUUUUUAAAUUUUUAAAAUUUUUCGUGGGUAGUUCUUGGUCCUUUCCAGUUGGUGUUACAGUCAUAACAUUGUUAUAGGAAUCCUUGACAUGUGAGUUAGAUUUUAAAGGCACAUUUAAAACUGGCUAACACUUAUUAUUCUGAUAAAGAUGAACUUUAUUCACUUUUAACUGCUGAGUUCGACCUUGAACUUCAUGUUUCUGAUGUAGAUGGUUCCAAGGGGAGUCACUUAUCAAAGAAAAACAAAAAAAAAACAAAAAAAGAGGGGGGCUUAGAGGAGAAACUUGCUGGAAAUGAAGGUGCUUUAGCUCUCUCUCGAUCUCUCUGCUCUCUCAACUCUCCAGCCUCGAAUCACCAUCACAAUUUGGCGGUGCUCCUCUGCCUCUCUCACCGAGUUCUCUCUCUAUAUGUGUAAGUCAUCCUUCUCUUUGUUGGGUUUUUUUUUCUUCUUAAUUUCCUUCUCUUAGGGUGCAUUUGGAUACCACUUAUUUUGCUGAAAACUGAAAACUAAAAACAAUAAAAAAAAUAAUUUUCUGUUACUGUUCACACAAAAAAACAUUGUUCAUAUGCCUUGAUGCACUAUUCAUGUCCCAUGAACAGUGCACCAGGCGCUGGGGACAUGAACAGUGCAUCAGGCGCUGGUAAAAAAAAAAGAGCUGAAACACAAAACGUCCAAACAUGGACAUGAUCCAAAUGCUCACUUAGUCUCUAAUUUUGGGUUUUUUUUUUUUCAACACAAACUUAUCUCAUUGAUUUAUUUAUCUUAGAGAGGAAAGCAAUUUGUUUUUAGCAAGAUCUUUAAUAGAUUGGAUUCUAAGGUAUAAUUGUUUUUACUCAAACGGGGUUGCUUCUGAUUUCAUCCGGGGUUUGAUUUUUUAUUUUAUUUUAUUUAUGUGAAUAUCUUGUUUGGGUUUAAUUUUCUUGCAUUUUGUGAUCUGGUUUGGCAUGAAUCUUACUCAAAUGGGUUGCUUAUGUAAUUAUGGUUAAAUGAUCUACAAGGAAAAUAGGAAAUACCCAGAUUAAUUUUUUGGGGUAUUUGUUGAUUUGGAUUCGCGUUUAAGUUCUUAUAGAUAUCAUGUGUAAAGUAUUUCAAAUAAAAAGGUUUUUCAUUUAAUUAGUCAAUGAAUAGGGUUAAGGGGCCAAACCAAAAUGGAGAGAAUCUAGCUAAGUUCUCUAAUAAAGUGAAAAACGACUUGAUUUGCAAACAUCAUGAUUAUAACUCUUUAAGCAGGUUAAUUAUUUUUGCAUAUACAUCAAUAAAUUUUAUUUGUUACUCUUAUUUUUGGUGAAUUAUGUGAUUUGUUAAUAUAUCAUGACUAAUGCUAUCUCUUGAAUGUGAGAUGGCUGCGAAAGAGGUUGAAGUAGUUUUGUUUAUUUUUAGUUAGGCUUACAGUGAAUGAGUCCUUAGUGUAACUAGUGGCUGUUAGGUAACUAGUAGUACUUUUUGAAUUGUCAAUGAUGGACUAGUGGCUGUUAGGUAACUAGUAGUACUUUUUAAAUUGUCAAUUAUGUAAUUUUCUUUAUUUGAUUGGAUUUUCAUUGGUUCCUUGCCGGUGGCAUGUUGUUUCUUUACUAAAGUUUGAGUUUUGUAAUGAAUUUCUCAAACUAAAUGAUAUUUAUGACUUCUUGUCUAGUUGAAUCUAUGAAUUUUAUAUUCGAUCGUGAAUGUCUUUUAUUUCUCCAACUGUAUGCCUAAGAAAGUUCAAGGAAGAAUGACUUUACCUUUGAAAUUUAGUACUGACUUUUUCAUACUUGGUAAAACAAAUAAUUACUUUGGAGUAGGUAUUUAAUUUGUCAUAGGGUUGGUCUUAUAUAGUGAAUUGGGCGGGGGUUUGAGCAGAUUAAUUCAUUUUUGUUAUAGUGAAUUAGUAAUAAGCUUUUAGCAAGUCAGUUAAAUGCACAAAUUUGACUGCCUUUGCUUGUGGAAUGCAUGUCUAACAAACUUCCCUGGUCCAUAUGAAAAUUUGGAAUUGAGACCUUGUUUUUAUGCUUGUGUAAAAUUUAGAAUGUGUUAUAGGUCUCUGCCAUGGUUGUGGAGUGCUACAACUUAAUGUCUCCUUAAUCACAAAAAUUGAUUGGACUUUCUCAAUCUUCAUAUGACUGAAGUUUAAAAGAGUUACAUUAUUAUUGUUGUAUUCCACAAAUGUUGCUAUCAAAAGAAAAAACCCCUUUAAGUAGUCAAUUGUAUGGACAGAUUUGUGGAAGGAAGCAUAAGAUCAUUAGGAAAUGGUAUUGUUACAAUCUGAGUAUGUGUUUAGUUAUUAUUAUUAAUGGUUCAGUAGCAUCAAUUCUUAGUUUUAGGAUGACUUGACAAGUUGUAAUGACCUGAUCCUUUCUGCAGUUAUGUUGUUGAUGUUGCUGAUCCUGACAACAUGAAGAUCUCAAGUAGUGAGCACUGAGCAUUAUAAUUUGCUUAGCAAACCCUCUCUUAGUGGUAUCCCAUUGCUAGUGCCAGGGAACAAGUUUGACAAACCAGGAGUUCUGUCUAGACAGGCUUUGAUCAAUGUAAACUAACAAAUUCCCAGUUAUGGUGAAUGUUAAGAUGAUUUAAGUACCAUCUAUUUUUCAUUUAAGGAAUAUGAACUCAGGUUUUUUUAUUA